CCACUAGUAGAGUAAGGAAGUCAAGGCGUGAAGUGACCUCAUCUUUCAAAGUAUCUGCAGGGAAGUGAAGAUGUUGUCUGAACAUUGAGGUAGCCUUCGUGUUUUCAAACUGAGGGUGAAAUACUUCAAGCUCAAGAGAAACGUGAUAAGAGAAGCACCAUGGCCUGUGCUGACGUUGACAUGGACAUCCAAGGAGAUGACGAGGGGCCAGACACAUCCGGCUGCAGAACGCCGCCGAGGAUACAACAUUACCAAGCUACAGAGCUCGUGCCGGAGGACAAAGGGCCGCUGCAUGACCUGCUGAAGAAACAACCUGAUGUGCUGGGGUCUCUGCAGAUGGUGAGCGGUAUCCUCAGUGUUGGAUUGGGAAUUAUUUUUGCUGCAACGCAGACAAUGGGAGAUUCCCUUUUCACUCUGUUCAGAGUUUCCCAGCUGACUGGAACACUUUUUAUCAUCGCUGGAUUCACCUCCAACCUGUUGUUCAAAUAUCCAAGAUUACUUCCCGUGUCCCUCGCAAUCAACUGUGGCUGCAUUAUUGUAGCUGUACUGGCCGCUUGUCUGAUUAGUGUUGACCUGGCUCUCUGGAUUCCACAACAUCAUCAGGAAUGGAAGAUGGAGCUGAUGGAGCUGUGUGUGUUGGGGCUGGAGGUUAUUCUCUCUGCGAUCCUCUGCGUCUGGUUCGCUAAAGAGAAACGUGCCAAAUCCCCUUGAUCCGGCUGUUGAUAUAAACUGAGAAGAAAUCUGAGAAUGAAAAACUUUAUAUUAACUGUUAACUGUAAAGCGCUUAAAGGAAGUUAAGCAACCGCAUUCGCAAACGUUUAGUCGUUUUGCACAUCAAGUGUGGCUUUCUGCUCUGUCUCCGUCGCCUAUAAUGGAGGUGAGACCCCUCACUUAGUUCAGGCUGUGGUGUGAUGUUUGACUCGGACUGGAAAAAAAAGAAAAAAAAAACUGCGGUACACAAAUGUCAGGUUCUCUAAUGUGAAAGAAAAACCACUUCUUCAUUCUGAGUCUAACUGGCAGCAGUGGGUCUCAUAGUGCUGCUCAGUCUGUCAAUCCGCAAGGGGCGUCUAUGUGGUUUGAAACGUAUGCUUUGUUAUCAGUGGAAAUAUCUGCAACUGUGUUCACACUUUUCAGCCGCUUUCACAUACAGAAAGCUGUACUUAACCGAGAAGGAUCCCAUUUCAUUGACUUGGUUUGUUGUUUGCUAAGAAAUGAAUACAGCGGCACGUUUUAACCAUUUUUAAUAUCGUCUGUACAAACGUGUCUUAACACAAGACUGGCAACGAAAGACAACAAAUAUGACAGCACAACAUUGUCUGGAUUGAUCUGCCUGCUACUGUUUUUGUAAAAUACAUAAUAAUAAUAAAAAAAACUCAUCUACAAUAUAAACACUGAUUCAUACCUAGUUCAAUUAAAACAAAUGUACAGACCGCUGACGUACCAUCGUGGCAGUGUAUAUUAUGUGUCAAUUUACAGAAUCUGAAUGAAAUGUUAUCGAAUAGCUGAGCUUCAUCUGUUAAAGUCUUAGUGCUCCAAAGCUGGAUUCCUCUUAUUCACAUCUCCUCGUGCUGACGAUCAGACUGACUUCAAGCAGCAUUCACCUCGAGGACUUCACAGCUAUGAAGAAAGAAGGAAAAAGAAUGAGGGAUUUAGAAAAACACAGAAUAUAUUCAUCCGUUUCUUUACAGCGCUUAAAGUAUUUUUUUCAGUAUCUGUUAACAUCUGUUUUUUUAGUCACUGGCCACGUGAUUAAGUCAAUCUACAUUUUCCUUGUUUGAUUUUGAAAAAUGAGAAAAUGACUAACUUCAUGUAAUUAAAUAAACAGAACUCGAGUAUGAUACAGCUCUCAAUAGUCACAAGGGGAUUUGUCAAAUGAUCGGUAGUACUGGAUUCAGAACAGCUUUAACGUCAAUCCCGCAUUAAUACGACUACUACUAUUUGGUGUGUUAAAUUAGUGAAACAGAUUUUUGUGAUUCUGAACAUCAACUUUGUCUGCAAGUUAAGACAUGAUAGAUAUUUGAUAUCAAAACUCAUGAUUCUGUCAGGAUUAGCCACUCAUCUUGACAGUUCCCUCAACAGAUUCUAUGUUUCCAUCUCUGACAGACAGUAAGUUGUCAAUUGCUUAAGAAUGUCAGACAGUUUAUUUUCAGACAGUUUAUUUUCUGGUGGGGUUUUAUUAACUGCUCUUCUCUGGCAGCACAAACAAAUGAAACGGGAACACACAAUGUAUUUUCUUGGAGUGCUAAAGCAAUCCUAUUCUCAGGAUGUUAUGAUAUACAGACUUAAUUUAAAAGCUGAAGUCCAUCACACUGCUAUAACUUUACACUUACUGCUUAUGAUUAGAUUACUGUUAGAUUGCCACAAAACCACUUUUACCACUGAUUGGAGCAUGAAGAACUAACACUUUCAACAGACAAAUAUUUUAAGUAUUUAACACAAAUUUUGAAAGAAAAAAA